AUGGACGGUUGGACUCUCCAGCAACUCCUUCACGUAGAUGUAAGGGUAAAUAAAAUCAACCCACUAAAAGCCUCAUCUUACAUACCAUUACCGAAGGAAAUAGAAGCGAAAAAAGCUGUAUUGAACAUACAAAACACUGACCAGAAAUGUUUUGUAUGGUCGGUUUUAGCCGCCUUUCACCCAGUUCCCCGAACUCAGAACGCCAACCGAGUCCAGAAUUAUCAUCCAUUUGAGCAGGAAUUGGAUGUGACAGGUAUAGAUUUUCCGAUAUCUUUGAAACAGUUGCCAAAAUUCGAACAACUCAAUAAUAUUUCUAUUAAUGUUUAUGGACUCGAGAAAGGUUAUAAACAUGAUAGGAAUAUUAUUGAAGUUGUUGGUCCUUUGUAUUUUACUAGAUCUCAUAAGACAGAUAGACAUGUGAAUUUGUUAUUAAUCAGUGAUGAUUCUGGCAAUAAUCAUUAUUGUUUAAUAAGAAAUAUGUCUCGCCUAAUCUCCAAACAACUUUCAGGCAAACAACAUUCAAAAUUCUUAUGCGAUGGUUGCUUGGUUUAUUUUUCUUCAGAUAUUAAAUUAGAAAAUCAUCAAAAAUACGAUUGUGGUCACGUUGUAGUUGAAACUCCUUCGGAUAAUUUAAAGAAAAAUAAAUAUGGUGAAAAUAUUCCCGAGAAUAUCCUUAAAUUUACGAAUUUCGAACGAAAAUUAAAAUCGAUUUUCAAGACUUUUAGAGGACCUGAUGCACAUAAAGUUUUCAUAGAUUGGUUAGAGACUGGUUGUAAAUCAAUCUACAAUCGAUUUAUGAAAGAUAUUGUAUCCAUGUCUCCUCUCAGUAGCGUACAAGAGGCUGAGUUUUAUCAGAUGACACAUUGUCAUAUUUGUGAAUCUCCUUUUAAUGUAGAAGAUGAAAGAGUAAGGGACCACUGUCAUCUAACAGGAAAUUAUCGAGGUGCGACUCACUCUGUUUGUAACCUAAAUUUUAAAGUACCUAAUUUUAUUCCUGUGUUCUUCCACAACAUGUCAAAUUUUGACAGCCAUCUUUUUAUAAAAGAAUUGGCUGUGGAGGAAGAACGAUUGGACGUCAUUCCCCAAAACAAAGAAAGAUAUAUUUCUUUUACAAAAUAUAUUAUGGUGGGGGAUGAUGAUGACGGCCAGGAAAAGCGACAACAAAAGAUAUUUUUAAAAUUAAGAUUUUUGGAUAGUUUCCGUUUCAUGGCAUCAAGUCUAGAUAAACUAAGUCAAAAUUUAACAUCACAGCAGUGUCGCGAGUCGUACGUAGAUUCCUUUUCCAAAUUAGACGAUACCAAGCUUCCACCCAUUGAUGGCUUCUAUAACAAACUUAGAAAAGAAGCCAUCAAACAAGGAGAUUACGAGCGUGCAUUGAACAAUUUUAGAGAGGUGUGUCUACAAACAUACGGUCUAGAUCCUUGUCAAUACUUCACCGCACCAUCUCUGUCCUUUGACGCAGCUUUAAAAACUACAUCUAUCGAGCUGGAAUUAUUGACAGAUCUAGACAUGAUACAUUUCUUUAAACACGGGAUUCGCGGCGGUGUCAGUCAAUGUAGUGUUAGAAAAGCUAUCGCGAAUAAUAAAUUUAUGUCUAUAUACGACGCUUCCAAACCUACUUCCUACAUUAUGUACUUGGAUGCUACCAAUUUAUAUGGAGCAGCCAUGUCACAAUAUCUACCAACAGGUUAUGUUUUUGAAGUCGAUUUAGAGUAUCCCGAGUAUUUACAUGAUUUGCACAAUGAAUUACCCUUUUGCCCAGAGUCUGUUCAACCAGAGGGAUCUAAAGUUUCAAAUUAA